CUGGACUCUGAACUAUCCUUUCGUCCCCACAUCCAAUCACUGUCCAAAGCUUGCCUCCUCAACCUCUCUCCCUCCUCACUGGAUUACCUGUACAUAGGCUAUCCCCCCCUCUGGUCCAUCAUAAAAGCUGCCGCCAGACUCAUCCACCUUAUCAACCAUUCAGUGUCUGCCACCCCUCUCUGCCAAUCCCUCCACUGGCCUCCACUCAGUGUCCUCCACCCCUCUCUGCCAAUCCCUCCACUGGCCUCCACUCAGUGUCCUCCAUCCCUCUUUGCCAUCCCUCCACUGGCCUCCAUU